AAUCAGGCUAGGCUGGCACACACCCACUACCCCCCUUCCCCGCUAAGUUGGUCCAUCAGUAGCAGGUCCCAGACUCCCCGCAGGGGCAUGUGGGCAGAGCUAGCUGCAGCCAGGUGCGCAGAGCUACAGGAGCUCUAGGGUACUCCAGGGCGCUCUGCCUUCUGCGUGCUCAGGAGCCUGGGGAAAUGCCCCACUGACUGGGGGACUAGUCAGGACAAGACCGUCGCCGCUUGGCCCUAGUCCGCUACAUCCAUGGCGCUGCCGAUCGGUCUGGUGCCCUUGUGCUGCUUGGCACUCCUAGCAUUGCCCGCUCAGAGCUGCGGGCCUGGCCGGGGUCCGGUGGGCAGGCGCCGCUACGUGCGCAAGCAGCUCGUGCCGCUGCUCUACAAGCAGUUUGUGCCCAGUAUGCCCGAGCGGACUCUGGGCGCCAGUGGGCCAGCCGAGGGGAGGGUGGCAAGGGGCUCUGAGCGCUUCCGGGAUCUGGUGCCUAACUACAACCCCGACAUCAUCUUCAAGGAUGAGGAGAACAGCGGGGCAGACCGCCUGAUGACGGAGCGCUGUAAGGAGCGGGUGAACGCGCUAGCGAUCGCCGUGAUGAACAUGUGGCCCGGAGUGCGGCUGCGCGUGACCGAGGGCUGGGACGAAGACGGCCACCACGCGCAGGAUUCCCUCCACUAUGAAGGCCGCGCCUUGGACAUCACCACGUCCGACCGCGACCGCAAUAAGUACGGGCUGUUGGCGCGCCUGGCGGUGGAAGCCGGCUUCGACUGGGUCUACUACGAGUCGCGCAACCACGUCCACGUGUCCGUCAAAGCCGAUAACUCCCUGGCUGUCCGGGCCGGCGGCUGCUUUCCGGGAAAUGCCACUGUGCGCCUGCGGAGCGGCGAGCGGAAGGGGCUGCGGGAACUGCACCGCGGAGACUGGGUGCUGGCGGCCGACGCAGCCGGCCGGGUGGUGCCCACGCCGGUGCUGCUGUUCCUGGACCGCGACUUGCAGCGGCGGGCCUCCUUUGUGGCGGUGGAGACGGAGCGGCCCCCACGCAAGCUGCUGCUCACGCCCUGGCACCUGGUGUUCGCCGCCCGCGGGCCGGCGCCCGCGCCGGGCGACUUCGCGCCGGUGUUCGCGAGGCGGCUGCGUGCGGGGGACUCGGUGCUGGCGCCCGGCGGGGACGCGCUGCGGCCGGCGCGCGUGGCGCGCGUGGCGCGGGAGGAGGCCGUGGGCGUGUUCGCGCCGCUGACGGCGCAUGGGACGCUGCUGGUCAACGACGUCCUGGCCUCGUGCUACGCGGUGCUGGAGAGUCACCAGUGGGCCCACCGCGCCUUUGCGCCUCUGCGUCUGCUGCACGCGUUGGGGGCGCUGCUUCCUGGCGGAGCCGUCCAGCCGACCGGCAUGCACUGGUACUCACGGCUCCUCUAUCGCCUGGCCGAGGAGCUGCUAGGCUGAGCCCAGGGGACACAGAAACUUCCAGGCGCCAGCCAGCAAGACUGGGGCGACGUACUGCUGAGCUCUGAGGAUGCUGAUUGGGUGGGAGGAAGACUAGAGAGAAGGAAGGGGCAGUACAGGCAUUGCCUUGGUGUAGGGCAACCUGGAGCUGCUUGAGAGAAGGUGACCCCGGCUCCUAGGUAGCUGGGCUUGAUGGUGGGCACUCCUCCACCAGGACUAUUUAGCGUCUGCUUCCCCAGGGCCUCAGCCCCACCCAUAAUUUUAAUUUUCUAUUUAUAAAUUGUAAUAUAAUGAUCUACUUGCCCAUCCUGGCAAGCUGGAGCACAGCGUUAACACUGGCUGACUAGCCGACCCAUCUGACACCUGCAUUUUCCUGCAGGGAGGCUAAUAAAAGGAAGGCUUCUAGGAGAACACCUCCAUUCCCGGCAA